AUGAACAUGUCCAAAACCGAGGUUCUUGUUCAACGUCUGCAACCCACCGUUCAAGUGUCAACUGACCCUGGGAUUAUUCAAGAAGCUGUAAGAGCUGUGUCUGAAGUAAGGGCUGAAACAGCCUUGGUGGUGUCUCAGGCUGUCGGGACAGUUGCAGGCACUCAGAUGGAAGCGGCUCAGGCCGUGUCUGUGUCUGUAGCCGUAUGCAGAACGGACUUGUUGCCCAAAGUGAGUGGGAGUUUCGCUAUGAAUUCCUAUCUCAUGUGCGUUCAGAAUGGAGCACUCACGAAAGAAAACGCGUGA